AGAAGGCCAGCGGCGUGGUGAGCGGCAUCAGUAAGGAGCUGGUGGAGCUGCGUCACCUGAUCCAGUUCCCGGAGGAGAUCGCCGCCGUGCUCACAGAGCAGGAGCUGCAGCUGUACCGCCGCACACUGCCCCUCGACUACCUCAGCUUCCUCACGCACGACCUCACGCCGCCCCACGCCACCCACCAGCACCACCACGAGCGCCCGGGGCACGGCCAGGAGCAGGGCCAGAUGGCACCGCUAGGAGAGGGCCAGAGCCAGCAGCAGCAUGCCCAGCUCAGGGUGUCUGUGUCUGCCCCCAACAUGCCCGUCUGCAACCAGCAGUCCAGCGCUGUGGAGGAUCUGGUGUCACGCUUUAAUGAGGUGAGUUCGUGGGUGACGUGGCUGAUCCUGACAGCAGGCACUAUAGAGGAGAAGAGGGAGGUGUUCUCCUAUCUGGUGCACACCGCCAGGUGCUGCUGGAACAUGGGCAACUACAACGCCGUCAUGGAGUUUCUGGCAGGACUCAGGUCUCGCAAGGUGCUAAAGAUGUGGCAGUUCAUGUCCCAGGCGGACAUUGAGACCAUGCGGCGGCUGAAGGACGCCAUGGCACAGCACGAGACGUGUGCCGAGUACCGGCGGGCACUGAGCCGGGCGCGGAACAUCCCUGGCUGCAGGGUGGUGCCGUUCUGUGGGGUGUUCCUCAAGGAGCUGGCCGGUUCUCUAGAGGGAACCGCCAGCCUUAUCAGCCUGCGGCCACGCGAGGACUCCAUAGAGUUUGUGUCAGACUACGCCGGUCAGGAUCACUUCCUGCAGAGGGUGGGACCAGAUGGCCUGACCAAUCAGGAGAAGGAGGGGACGGUCAGCAACAUCCUGCAGACCAUCCGCAGCUGCCACCGCAGCCUGGAGGCGGAGGAAGGGGAGGAGCCAUGCAGCAACGGGAACGCCCCCUCCAGGCAAAACUCCCUGAGAGAACGGAGCCGCAACCAGUUUACCGUGGGCGACCUCUCCGACUCCGAGACUGACCUAUCAGAUCAGUCCAAGGUGGAGCCGGACUUCCAGGGCGUGGAGGAGACCCAGAGGGCUUUCGGACACGGCACGGAGCUCGUCCCCUGGUACGCGCUGUCCAUCCGGGCCGAUGUGCACCAGUUCCUGCUGCAGGGUGCCACGGUCAUCCACCACGAGCAGGACACCCACCAGACCGCCCGCUGCCUGCUCAAACUGCAGCCCGACAACUGCUUCCUCACCUGGGCCAAGAUUCACAGCGGCUGCCCCUCCAACGGCCGCGUUCGGAGCCCAGGAGGCAGCAGCCAGGACUUUCCUCACGUGCGGCCUCAGUGGUGCGGUCAGUCGGUGCUGUGUGGCCUGGCCGACGGCUUCCUGGACCUGGGCGUGGUGAAGGCCGUGUUCCUGGGCCACCCGGGCGCUGACGUGGCGAGCGUGUGUGCCCAGAACAAGCUGCCCGCGACGCUGAGCGCCCUCGACGGCGCGCUGACGCUGCUCUACGGGACGCACACCACGGACAACCGGCUGCUGCACUUCGUAGGGCCGAACCACACCGUGCGGACACUGCACGACGGCCUCUCCCGGCUGGUCAGCGCGCUCAGGAGGAUGAGAAGGUUCCCUGACCAGAGGCUGCACUGGCUCAGGAGGCAGUACGUCAACCUGUACCAGGAGGACGGGAGGUAUGAAGGCCCAACGCUAGCACAAGCCAUUGAGUUAUUUGGGGGGCGACGAUGGAAUAGCCCACUCAACAUGACAGCCAAUCAGAAGAGCAGCUCUCUCACGACAACGGCCAAUCACAAAAGCAGCACCCUCAUCAUGAACACCAACAAAAAGAAGAAAAAAGCUCUCAUGCGGGGAGACAGUGGAGACGCCACAGAUGAUGAAAUGGUCUCUAGAAGGGUGAAGAACAGUCGAGAGGUUCUGGGCCGAAGUGGGUCGGACCCAUCAGACAGUGUAGACCAGGAUGAGCUGGAUGACAGUGGUUCAUUUGGCCUACCUGGACCCUUCUCCCUGUCGCUCAGUAAAGCCCUACCACUUAGUGCGUCUUCUUCCUCCACCUCCUCUGCCUCAUCGUCCAACAACAGCCUCUCAGCAUCCGCCAGCACAGGUAACUGGUCAGGGCGCUUGCUGGCGGGUCGAGGGAAGAGCUCCCUGAAGAGCUUUGAGAACCUGAUGGGGUCCGACUCCACCAUGAGCUUCAGCGAGUUUGUGGAACUCUUCAAGUCCUUCAGCGUGCGCAGUCGUAAGGACCUGAAGGAGCUCUUUGAUGCCCAUGCAGUACCUUGCAGUCGUGCUACCAGCGACGCUGUGCCACUCUACACCAACCUGAGCAUCGAUGACAAACUCAGCAGCUCACAGCCUGAUCUAGAUUCACUGAUCCGGCCGAUCGGGGCGGGCCGGUUUAUCCUUUCUUCGCCGGUCCCGGUGUCAGAUGGUCAGAGGCAGAUCUGGGACGCCAUCGCGGCCUCCAGCAUCGUGUCCAACGGUACGGGUGUGGAGAGCGCUUCGCUGGGCACACAGGCCUGGGGCAUCGGCCAGCUUAACGCCUUCCUGGUCAACUACCAGCGGGAGAACCACACCUAUGACCAGACGCUCAGCAUUAUACAGAAGUUUGAGCCGUGUGCCAACAUGCGACAGAUGGGCUGGAUGUCGUUUGAAGGCUUUGCCAGGUUUCUGAUGGACAAGGAUAACUUUGCGUCCAAGCUGGACGAGCCCCAGGUGAACGUCCAGGACCUGCAGCACCCCCUGUCCUACUACUACAUCGAGUCCUCGCACAACACCUACCUCACCGGACACCAGCUCAAGGGAGAGUCGUCUGUGGAGCUCUACAGCCAGGUGCUGCUGAAAGGUUGUAGGAGUGUGGAGUUGGACUGCUGGGAUGGAGAUGACGGCAUGCCCAUAAUCUACCAUGGCCACACACUCACCACACGCAUCCCCUUCAAAGACGUGGUGGAGGCGGUGAACCGCGCCGCCUUCGUGACCUCCGACCUCCCCAUCAUCCUCUCCAUAGAGAACCACUGCUCUCUGCCACAGCAGCGCAAGAUGGCCGACAUCUUCAAGAUGGUGUUCGGGGACAAGCUGGUGACUAAGUUCCUGUUUGAGAGUGAUUUCUCCGAUGAUCCUCUGCUUCCGUCACCAUGGCAACUACGAGGGAAAAUCUUGCUGAAAAAUAAAAAGUUGAAAGCCCACCAGGCACCUGUGGACAUCCUCAAACAGAAGGCUCAUCAGCUGGCGUCCAUGCAGGCUCAGGCGAGUAACGGACCCAUGUCAGGCACCUCCCCUGGUGCCAACGAGGAGGAAGAGGAGGAGGAAGAUGAGUACGACUACGAUUACGAGUCUCUGUCUGAUGACAACAUUCUGGAAGACCGGCCAGAAGGGAAACUGUCAUCGUCGGGUGAAAAAUUCCAGUUUGAAUCAAGUGAUGAAAUCCCUAAGAGGGUCAAGAAAGGGGAAGGAGCCAAUCAGAGUAAAGGAAAGAUCUUUGACAUGGACCUGGGUGAGGAGUUCAAUCUGCCGCGCAGUAAGAAAGAGGGACGGCAGAUAGCUCAGGACCUCUCUGAUCUCAUCAUCUACUGCCAGGCCGUCAAGUUCCCAGGACUCUCCACUCUAACUCCAUCUGGCUCGGGCAGAGGCAAGGACAGAAAGAGUCGGAAGUCUAUCUUUGGGAACGCUCCAGGAAAAAGCCUCCCAGGAGAGCCUGCUCCCCGGCCCACAGGGAAAGGCAUGCUAGAGAGCUCACGGCAGAGCUGGGAGGAGCCGACGUCUCCGCCGAUGGGCCCGCCGCCCUCUCUGAGCUGGCUGAUCCGCACGCCCAAGUGCUACCACGUGAGUUCGGUGAACGAGAACGCCCAGCCUGUGCCGGCCGCUAGGCAGAAGAUGCUGAUGCAGCACCGGGCGGGGCAGCUGCUCCGCACUCCACCCGGCCGCCAUCGCUAAGUCGACUCCACCAACCCCAGCCCCCUGCUCUUCUGGCUGCCACGGGCAUACAGCUGGUCUACUAACCACCAGACUGGCGACUUGCCUUUGCAGCUGAACGCGGCCCUGUUUGAGAGUGGUGGCAGCUGUGGCUAUGUUCUGAAGCCUGUGGUGCUGUGGGAUAAGAACUGCCCCCUCUACCACCACUUUAGCCCGCUGGACAGAGACCUGGAGGGGCUGUGCCCUGCCCAGUUCACCCUCACUAUCAUCUCCGGACAGAACGUGUGCCCCGGAAACACGGCCGCCAGUCCGUGCGUGGAGGUGGACGUUCUGGGAAUGCCGGCGGAUGCGGCGCACUUCCGCACGAAGGCGGCCCACCGGAACGCGCUGAAUCCCAUGUGGGGCCAGAGCUUCCAGUUCCCCGUGGUCAUGGAGGACCUGGCCUUCCUGCGCUUCACCGUGCUCGAGCACAGCAGCUCACAGGUUACCGCCCAGAGGAUCCUGCCCAUCAGAGCUCUCAGGACAGGCUACAGACACCUCCAGCUGAGGAACCAACAUAAUGAGCCCCUGGAGAUCUCCAGCCUCUUCAUCUACAGCCGCAGGGCCGACGAAAACACAACCGGCAACACCCUACCAGCCUCCUGGCUGUUCAGUACGGAGGAGCGGCGGUCGGCGGCGCAGCACAAGGUGACGGUGCAUGGGGCCCCGGGCCCAGAGCCCUUCACGGUGGUGUGUGUGAACGAGAGGACCACGGUCUCACAGCUCAUCGGCAAACUCCUGUCCUCCUGCUCCCCUCCCUCUGACGUGUUCCUGCUGGAGGAGAGGCAGGCGCUGACGCGUGAGCGAGGGGACCGAGGGGAGGCGCGGGGGAAGCCCUCGCUACAGAGAGUCCUGGGGCCCGAGGAGGAAGUGCUCAAGGUGCUCAACAGCUGGAACCCUGAGGAGGGAUACCUCGCCCGGCUGUGCCUCAAGACCAAAGAGGAGAGUCUGCCAGAGAGGAGUCCAGUCCCUGAGGGAGCAGAGGAUCUCAGCAGCGCAGUCACGGAUGAGGACUCCUUCCUGGUCCAUGUUCAUGACGUCUCUCCUGAGCAGCCACGCACGGUCAUCAAAGCCACGCGUCACAGCACGGCGCAGGACAUCAUUCACCAGACUCUGAGUAAAAGCAAGCACUCCAGUGGCACCCUGUCUCCACCCGACCCCAGUAGCUACGUGCUGAUGGAGGAGGUUGCCAAGGAGACGCCGGGCUGGAGGGCCCCACCCAAGUCGGUGCAGCGGGUGCUGUGUGAGAACGAGUGUGUGUUCCAGGCCCAGAGCCGCUGGAAGGGCGCCGGCAAGUUCAUCCUUAAACUGAAGGAGCAGGUGCAGACGGUGCGUGACGAGCGGCGGCGAGGCCUGUCUCUAGCGGGCGAGCUGAAGCGUCUGACCGGGCGCAGUCGUGGCGUGUGGAUGGGGGCGCAGGCUGGAGGUCUGGAGCUGAGCCACAGAAGUCUGUCAGAGGGCCUGAAGACGUGGUUGGCUGACAACAGACACGGGGUGGAGAGAGUGUUGUUCGACCACACCCUCUCCUCCCCCUCUUGGCCCCUCCCUGUCUUGUGGAACUGGAAGGUCCACAAAUGAAAUGGAGCCUGCGAUACAAACACACACACACAUGCACACGUCCUCCGUGUUGAGCUCCCUCUGUGCCAGGCAAACAGGUGUGUGUGUGUGUGUGUGUACCACCCUUGAGGAGAGGCAUGGAUACAGACAGACCCAGGCACCUGCAGCACCUUAACAUCCACCUGCCCUCCAGACACACACACACACACACAGACACGCAUCCUGUGAGAAGAGAAACUCUAUGAGAGAUGUGCUUUGCCCUCUGCCCUGACUGGAGAGAUCGUCCCUGCCCAGUCAUCAGCUGACUAGGCAUCUGGAGCUAGAGCUGGACUUGCCAGCUGCUGCUGGUUGCUGGUUCUCUUCUUGAAGCCAUCAGCUGCUCAGUAUAUCAGAGUCUAAAAACCAGACAGUACUGAGUUUUAUUCAGUAUGCAAUUAUAAGUGGAUUGGUUAUUUUCUUAGUUGCGCCUUUGCUAAAGUGUUGGUGAUGACGGUGAUAAGAGCAGUGCUUAUAGUGUCUGCUGUAUGUGUGAGUGUGUGUUUUGCACAAGAUAGUCCUAUAGGUCUCUAAGGCAACAGGAACUUUCAGCAGUGCAGUCGUAUCAGAGUGCCGGUCAAGUUAGAGAUGAACUGCUAUGCCACAUCAUGUUUGUAAUGUAGUGUUAUGUUAUAUAUAAUGCACAGUAAUUUUAUUGUUAUAUAUUAUUGACAGAUGUUGUAUUCAUGUUGGCCAUGAGGCAACAUAACUGAAAUUGUAUAUUUGAACCUGUACAUAUAUUUUGUAAGUUUGUUUUCCUUUUUUAAUUUAUUUGUAGAAAAAAAACAACCUUAAUGUGGUUCUGUGAUGUAUUUGUAUUUUAAAGUGUUGAUUGUUGAUAUCAGUUAAAUCAUAACUGUUCCUUUCAGCUAAACAAAAUGUACUAUUUUAACAUGUUGCAGUUCAGAUGGAUUGUCUUUGUACUAUUAGCUUUGUGAAGAUCUUUCUGCAUAUGGAUGUCAAUAAGAGGAAUCACUGUGUACAGAGCAGUGACUGGUGAAAGCUAAUACGCUACUGAUGUUGACCUAUUGAUGAAUAUGAAUGCUUUCAUUUGAGAGAUGAUUCGACUGUGCAAACCAGCUUUUAUACAUGGAUGGAGCACACAUGCAUAAAACAUGUCAAAUUUGCAGGGUGCUGUCUGAUACAGUAUUACAUUACAUGAUUUCUGAAUGUGUCAAUAUUGAGUGGAUCGUUUUGGUAAAACACACCUUGAUGUCAUGGUUGAUGAUGUAAAAUAAUCAUAGACAUGUCAGUAAACAAGGGAUUAUCAUCACAUUAUUUAGAAGUAACGUUUUCUGAAGUAAUGAUUCUAUAUCAUCCAAUACAGUUGUGACUUCGUGACAGAU